AUGACUGAGGAGCAAGCAUAUUACAAAAAAGGGUUCCACAAAUCAGUUGCUGAUACUCAUGCAGGACGCACGGUUGAGAACUCGUCCAAGUUUACUCUAUCUGUGUUGAAGCCAGACUUUAAAGUGUUGGACGUUGGAAGUGGACCAGGAACAAUUACAGUUGACUUUGCUCAAAGGUAUUUGACAAAAAAUGGCGGCUCCAUUAUUGGAAUUGAGCCGACGCAGGAAUUGAUUGACCAAGCAGACGCUUAUAAAAAAGAAGCUGCACCUGAAUUGAAAAACAUUAAAUUUCAAUUAGGUUCAGUUUACAAGAUACCUUUUGACAAUGACACAUUUGAUUUAGUGCAUGCACAUCAAGUUGUUGUUCAUUUGCAAGACCCCAUAUUAGCAUUGCAGGAAAUGAAGAGAGUUACCAAACCAGGCGGAUUUGUAUGUGUCAAAGAUGGCGAUCUUGAAUCAUCAAUUAUAACACCAGAGAAAUACGAGCCACUCAAACAAUCCAGACUCUUGAAAGCCAAGAACUCCAACUCCACAGAUAUCCGUGGUGGUCGCAAAUUGAGAGAGCGCGCAAUUAGGGCGGGGUAUGAACCAGAAAAUAUCGUAUCGUCAUUAUCAUAUUGGUUGAUUGGAGACACUAGAGCAUCAAAGCAGAACUGGGCAAGUUUAUUAAAAAGCAGAGAACAGCAUGGAGGAGAGGUAAUGUAUCCCAACGACAAGGAGAGGGAUAACCUGGCGAGAGAGCAGAAUAUUGAAUUACUUGAUGAAUGGGGGAAAGAUGUUGCUGCUUUAUAUGCUGUAACUAAUUUUGAAAUCAUUUACAAGAAACCAUUCCCAUGA